AUGACCGGGCUAUCCGUGUUCUUCAACUUCCUGUUGCUGCUUGCAGCUGCGGAGGAGUGCGUGGAGGAAACCCCCCAGUUCCUCCAGCGAGGCUUGGAGCUGGGCCGCCUCACGGCCGAGGAGGGGCUGCCCGAAGUUUCGCUCACAGCUGAGCAGGCACGUGCCAAGGACCAGCUCUCAGAGUUCUUCCUCUUCGUCAAGUUCCACAAGGUUGGCGGCUCAACCAUGCGCAAAGUUGUAGAUGCCGUCACCCAAAGCGAUCUCAUGUGCACCCAGCAGUGUGGCAACCCCUAUUGGCCUUGCGUGGAGAAAGGCAUUGGGGGUGCUGCAUGCAUGGCUGAAUACUUCCCCGGUGGUAACCCCGGGUGCAAGUUGGUUCCGUCUGGCUGCACUUCACAUGCUGGCCUUGGGGUGAUUGAAGACGCCUACAAAUCGCAGAUCUCGGUGGCCAACAGCUCCGACUUGACAAGCCUGAAGAACCUGUGGCCCGACUCCAAGCGCUAUGCUUUGCUUUCCACCUCGGCCAAGGCAAGUUAUUUCCUUCCAAGUACGUGGGGCCCUCAGAAGAGGAUUGUGAUCACCACGAUCUUGCGCGAACCGGCGGAGAAGCUGAGGUCUUACUUCUACUACCUGAACUCUGAGCCUACCCACCAGAGGUUUGCGCAAUUCUUGGGAUUCCAGAGGGACUAUGUGGCUGGAAACUGGACUUCUGAGGAGUUUGCGCUCCAAAAGAGCUGGCCGCGCGGAGCGUCCACACUCAGCAUCGUCCAGCGUUCCUGCUGUGAGGUCAACCAAAAGCUGGGUCAAGGUGACGUGGCAAAGUCCCAGCGCGUGCUUGCCACUCAGUUUGACCUGGUGGGGCUGAAUGAGCGGAUGGAUGAGACGGUGGUUUGCUUGGGCCGGCUUUACGGCAAGACGCCAGAAGAGAUGGGUCUCAUUCGGAGGGUCCAUGCCACGGAUGGCAAGGUGAAUUCUGAUGUCAAGCUGGAUUGGCUGCCACGUGAGAGGGAGAUGGCAGCCUACAUCACUGCUAAAGACACGGAGGUCUACAACUUCGGAGCCAAACUUUUUGAUCUUCAGUCCAUCUCGUUGUGGAACAACGCGGAGACUCUCAAGAAGGUGACAGAAACCAUGAGAGCGGUUCAAGAUGCAUAA